AUGCAGAUCUUUGUGAAGACCUUGACAGGCAAGACCCUCACCCUUGAUGUGGAACCCAGUGACACUAUCGAGAAUCUGAAGGCCAAGAUCCAGGACAAGGAAGUCCUUGCCUCUGACCAGCAGAAGCUGAUCUGUGCCUGGAAGCAGCUGGAAUAUGGGUGCACCCUGUCUGACUACAAUAUCCAGGGGUCCACUCUUCAUUUUGUCCUGCACUUGAAGGGAGUUUACUUAAAUCGGAGCCCUGGCUGCAGCGCUAGACCAGGCUCCCACUCCCUGAGGUGUUUCUCCACCGCGAUGUCCCGGCCCGGCCGCGGGGAGCCCCGCUUCAUCUCGGUGGGGUACGUGGACGACACGCAGUUCGCGCGGUUCGACAGCGACUCCCCGGGCCGGAGGAUGGAGCCGCGGGCGCCCUGGGCGGAGCGUGAGGGCCCGGAGUACUGGGCGCGGGAGACGGGGACCGCGAAGGACAAGGCGCAGACCUUCCGAGUGAACCUGAGUGUCCUGCGCGGCUGCUACAACCAGAGCGAGGCCGGGUCUCACACCCUCCAGGAGAUGUACGGCUGCGACGUGGGGCCCGACGGGCGCUUUCUCCGCGGGUACUGGCAGUUCGCCUACGACGGCACCGAGUACAUCGCCCUGAGCAAGGACCUGCGCUCCUGGACCUUGGCCGACACUGCGGCUCAUACAGAUCUGUGCGAGUUGAAGGCACUGAGUCAGGUGGACCACUUCAGGCACUACCUGGAGGGGGAGUGCGUGGAGUCACUGAACAGAUACCUGGAGAACGGGCAUGAGAGGCUACAGCGCUCAGAUCCCCCAAAGACACAUGUGACCCUCCACUCCACCUCUGAGCAUGAGGUCACUCUGAAGAGCUGGGCCCUGGACUUCUACCCUGCAAACAUCAACAUGACCUGGCAGCGAGAUGGGGAGGACCUGACGGACAUAAAACUGGUGGAGACCAGGCCUGGGGGAGAUGGAACCUUCCAGAAGUGGGCGGCUGUGAAUGUUUCUUCUGGAGAGGAGCAGAGAUACAAGUGCAAUGUGCAGCAUGAGGGGCUGCUGGAGCCCCGAGUCCUGAGAUGGGUGCCCCCUCCUCAGUCCUCCAUCCUCACCGCGGGCAUCAUUGCUGGUCGGGUUCUCCUUGGAGCUGUGCUCACUGGAGCUGUGGUGGCUGCAGCUGUGAUCUGGAGGAAGAAGCGCUCAGGCAGCAACAGUGCCCAUGGCUCUGCGGUGUUUCUCAUAUCUCCUAAAGUAGCACCUGUCCCAGCAGGACCUGAGAUCACAGAGACUCAGACAUCACCUGGACCUGUCUUGUCUCCAGGAUGGGAGUGGAGGCUACAAGUGGCCGGGUCAGCCUAGGCUCAGGCCAGAGUUUGGUGCUCAGUCCUCAUACUCUCUUCUUGCUGUUGCCUUACCCUUAAGUAACUCUACCCAGAGUGCGGACAGGGAGAACGGCUGCUUCCUAGUGUGGUCAUCGUGGGCCUAACGUGACCUUUGAGAAAAAGUUUGAUGACUUCAUCCCACACAUGGCUACUUAGAAGAUGGUGACCCCUGUCUAACCACUCUCCUCUCUACCCUGAACUGGGGGGGAAGCCAGGAAGACAGAGGGAGGACCCAGCAGCCAGAGGUGAGCAGCAACCAUUCCAGAGAGAGCCCUUUGGCCCGCACAGGCCUGCUAGAAACUGGCAUCUCCCGCACACCCAUGGAUCUAUGCCCACCCCAUCCCAAACUGCAAGUGAAGCCAAGAAGGCAGAGGAAGGGCCCAGCAGCCAAAGAUGAAGAUGUACACACAGGGAAGAGACCAGCAGCCUACAAAGAUGUGGUGACCUCCAAGGCCAGACCAUCACAACAGCACAUCCAGAGCAUCACUGUCCUUGGGAGGCGUGGUGGGACAGCACCAGACCCAGCCCGACUACCAGACCUGGAGGAGGAGUACUAUUCCAUUUUGUGUG